GGAGGGGAUUGGAACACCUGAAUCACAUGAUAUGGAGGGGAUUGGAACACCUGAAUCACAUGAUUGGGAGGGGAUUGGAACACCUGAAUCACAUGAUGUGGAGGGGAUUGGAGCACCUGAAUCACAUGAUGUGGAGGGGAUUGGAACACCUGAAUCACAUGAUGUGGAGGGGAUUGGAGCACCUGAAUCACAUGAUAGGGAGGGGAUUGGAACACCUGAAUCACAUGAUUGGGAGGGGAUUGGAACACCUGAAUCACAUGAUAUGGAGGGGAUUGGAACACCUGAAUCACAUGAUUGGGAGGGGAUUGGAACACCUGAAUCACAUGAUUGGGAGGGGAUUGGAACACCUGAAUCACAUGAUAUGGAGGGGAUUGGAACACCUGAAUCACAUGAUUGGGAGGGGAUUGGAACACCCGAAUCACAUGAUUGGGAGGGGAUUGGAACACCUGAAUCACAUGAUUGGGAGGGGAUUGGAACACCUGAAUCACAUGAUAUGGAGGGAUUGGAACACCUGAAUCACAUGAUAUGGAGGGGAUUGGAACACCUGAAUCACAUGAUAUGGAGGGGAUUGGAACACCUGAAUCACAUGAUAUGGAGGGGAUUGGAACACCUGAAUCACAUGAUAUGGAGGGGAUUGGAACACCUGAAUCACAUGAUUGGGAGGGGAUUGGAACACCUGAAUCACAUGAUUGGGAGGGGA